AUUCCUUUUUGAUCAACCAAUUAUAAUUAUUAUAUCAAAAAGAUUUAUUCACACACAAAGAUAUACACACAUAUAAAAAUGGUCAAUCCUUCAAGGUGUAUCAAUGUACUGAUGUACACUGGUGUUAUAGUGAUGUUUUUAUACAUUGGGAGUAUUUCUGUGAAAAAAUACAUCGAAAAAAAGACAUUAACUUUGAGCGAUGUCCAAGAAUCAGAGGAGUUGGAAUUCCCUUUGAUUUCAAUUUGCCCUGGUUAUACCUUUACAAAUACUGAAAUUGAUUUCUUGCAUGAAAUUCUAAGUAAAUCAACAAGAAGUUUUGCAAAGAAAUGGAUUCAGAAUCAUACUAGAAGCAGACAAGAUUUCAUCCAUUUUAUCAGCCAUAGACAUGAUCAGGAAUUGUUUAGAUGUAACAUUGUUAUGAAUUCUCGAGGGACUCUUGGCCGGCCUUGCGUCUUUCCAUUCUAUUACAAAGACUGUUUGAUGUCUAAUAAGUUUGACCCAACUCGAUCACACCAAUGUUCUUCCUUUGACAAACCACACAAAAGAACUCUUCACUACACCUGUACCACCACAGAUGAUACUAGGAGAUGGUGCGCCACUAGAGUUUAUCAAAACUUAUCAGAAAUCCCUGAACAUUGGGGUUUUUGUACAGAGGAUUGUAACGGGGAAAUUCCAGAAUGGGAGAAUUCAGGGAACUUAGCUCAUGAAUUGCAUGAAGACAAAUGGGAGGAAAGACUGUUUGAUUUAGAGCGCUGGGGAAAUGGAAGAUGUUUUACAUAUGAGUCCAACACCAAACAUAAAAAGGGUCCCAAUGGAAACUUCUAUGCAUAUUUUGCCAAUAAAUAUCCGACAAUUGAUACUUACAUAAUAUAUCUUCACUCUAAAGAGAAUUUUUGGCCAGCACUAGUGAUGAGUGUUACAGGGCAAUCCUCAGCUAUCAUUCUCAACCACUUAGAGCGUUUAACGGUAAAGUUUCACAAAGAGAUUGUUAAGAAAAUCCCUGAGUUUAAUUCAUGUAUUCCAGAUCAGGAAAGUUUUUAAUUCAUCAUGAAAAUAAAAUCUCUUUCGUAAAAAACAUUAAAUUAAGAAUACAUUGAUAUGCACAACAGCUUUA